CAGUGACUCCAGCAGCAGCUCGAGCGACGAGUCCCCGGCACGGUCAGUUCAGUCGACAGCCGUCCCAGCGCCUGCAUCCCAGCUGCUUCCAUCUCUGGAGAAAGAUGAACCCCGGAAAAGUUUUGGGAUCAAGGUUCAGAAUCUUCCAGUGCGCUCAACAGAUACAAGCCUUAAAGAUGGACUUUUUCACGAAUUCAAGAAGUACGGAAAGGUGACAUCGGUGCAGAUUCACGGGGCUUCUGAGGAACGGUAUGGACUGGUGUUCUUCCGGCAGCAGGAGGACCAGGAAAAAGCACUAAAUGCCUCAAAAGGAAAACUUUUCUUUGGCAUGCAGAUUGAAGUCACGGCCUGGAUAGGACCAGAAACAGAAAGCGAGAAUGAAUUUCGUCCUUUGGAUGAAAGGAUAGAUGAGUUCCACCCAAAAGCAACGAGAACUCUCUUCAUUGGCAACCUGGAGAAAACAACCACCUACCAUGACCUUCGCAACAUCUUUCAGCGCUUUGGUGGAAUAGUGGAUAUCGACAUUAAGAAAGUGAACGGUUUCCUGCAGUACUGUGAUAUUGCAAGCGUGUGUAAAGCAAUUAAGAAGAUGGAUGGGGAAUAUCUUGGAAAUAACCGGCUCAAGCUGGGUUUUGGAAAGAGCAUGCCUACAAACUGCGUGUGGUUAGAUGGUCUUUCUACAAACGUUACGGAUCAGUAUUUAACUCGACAUUUCUGCCGAUACGGGCCUGUGGUAAAGGUGGUGUUUGACCGCUUAAAAGGCAUGGCCCUGGUUCUCUACAAUGAGAUUGAAUAUGCACAAGCAGCUGUAAAAGAGACCAAGGGGAGGAAAAUCGGUGGGAAUAAAAUUAAGGUGGACUUCGCAAAUCGAGAAAGUCAGUUGGCAUUUUAUCAUUCCAUGGAGAAAACGGGUCAAGACAUCAGAGACUUUUAUGAAAUGCUGGCAGAAAGAAGCAGAGAUGAAAGAAGAGGAUCUUAUGAAUAUGCCCCUGAUCGUACUUACUAUGAGACCGUUCGGACUCCAGGGACGUAUCCUGAAGAUCCUCGGCGAGAAUACCCAGCUCGAGGCAGAGAAUUUUACGCAGAGUGGGAUCCCUACCAAGGAGACUACUAUGACCCGCGAUACUACGAUGACCCACGCGAGUACAGGGAUUACAGGGGCGAUCCAUAUGAGCAAGACAUAAGGGAGUACAGUUACAGGCAACGGGAGAGAGAGAGGGAGAGGGAACGGUUCGAAUCCGAUCGGGACAGAGACCACGAACGGAGACCGAUUGAACGGAGCCAGAGCCCGACGCACUCCAGGCGUCCGCAGAGUCCUGGGGCGUCUCCCUCGCAAUCGGAAAGGCUGCAGAGCGAUUCGGAGAGGAGGAUUUACAGCAGGUCAUCGGAUCGCAGUGGCAGCUGCAGCUCUCUGUCUCCUCCACGAUAUGACAAGCUCGACAAAGCCCGCGUGGAACGUUACGCAAAAAAUGAAAAAACGGAGAAAGAGCGUGCUUUCGACCAGGAGAGGAUCGACAAGGAGAAACGCUUGGUGAGAAAGGAAAAGCCGGAAAAAAUAGAAAAGGAGAAAACGGAUAAGCAAAAACGAAAAGCAAAAAUCCAUUCGCCCAGCUCUCAGUCUUCGGAAACGGAUCAAGAGAAUGAGAGAGAGCCCAGCCCUGAAAAAUCGAAGGGCAAUAGUAAACAAAGUAAAGAGAGAGGUGACAAAGAAGGGACAGCUAAAAACCGCCUGGACCUAAUGCCCUGCGUUGUGUUGACCCGAGUAAAAGAAAAGGAAGGGAAAGUUAUUGAUCAGCCUGCUUUGGAGAAACUGAGAGCAAAGCUUGAUAAUGACACUAUGAAGUCCCCGCUUCUUGAACAAAAAACACAGACAUCUCAAGCUGAGCAAACCAAGUCUGAUCAGUCUAAACUGGAACCUGUCAGAACCAAGGUACAAAAAGAGAAAGCCCUUGCCAGUCACGUAGAAGUGGUGGAUAAGGAGGGAAAACUGAAACCCAAAAAGCACUUGAAGACAGAGCAAACUUCUGAGGGGGCCAACGCGGUAGAUCUAGACAAGUUGGAGGCUCGUAAAAGACGUUUUGCUGAUGCAAAUCUGAAGACUGAGAGGCAAAAACUGGAAGCAAAAAGAAGCAGCCAAGAUGAGGAAGACGCACGCAUGGUUUUGAAAAAGCAGCUUGAUGCAACGGCUUCGUCUAGAGAAGCGACAAUGUUAAGGGAAGGAGAAUUGGAGAGAAAACCCCUGAGGAAGGAGGUGCUUAAAAGGGAAUCUAAAAAACUCAAACUGGAAAGACUUAUCCCUGUUACUAGUCCCAAAGAAAUUCAGGAGACUCUUAAUGUUGGUGGCAUUGGCAUGCGUCCCACCCUAGAUCUCCAGACGAGGCUAAUGGAGACAGCCGAUGAACCAGUGGAAGUUCAGGAACUCUCUUCUAAAAAACUGAAUCCAGUAAAACCCCAGCAUAAACAGGUACAGCUAGUAGAUGACCAAGGAACAGAGAGGGAGGAUGCCAGGAAGAAUUACUCUGGUCUUCCUGAAGACACACCUGACCAUAAACUGGGCCAAGAGAAACCUCAGUCAGCUGAUACGGAGGAGAAAAUUGGCAUUGACAUUGACCACACGCAAAGCUACAGGAAACAAAUGGAGCAAAGUCGUAGGUUAAAACAGCAGCUGGAAAUGGAGAUAGCCAAGUCUGAGAAGUUCGGCAGCCCAAAGAAAGACGUAGAUGAAUAUGAGAGGCGGAGCUUGGUCCAUGAGGUGGGAAAACCUCCGCAAGAUGUCACCGAUGACUCUCCACCAAGUAAAAGGAAAAAGACUGACCAGUUUGACUUUGAAAUUAGCACUAAAAGAGAAAGAAACUACAGAAGUUCUCGACAGGUGAGUGAGGACUCCGAAAGGACGUCCUGUUCCCCUAGCAUCAGGCACUUCCCUUUCCACGAAGAUGAUGACACGCUCGAUUCUCCGAGGCUAAUGCCAUUAAAGGAAACCAAAGAGUCACCUAAAAUAGAAGAAAAGGGUCUUUCGUAUUCCAACAUGACUGUGAGGGAGGACUCGCUGAAAUUUAAUCCUUACGAUUCCAGCAGAAGGGAGCAGAUGGCAGAAAUGGCUAAAAUAAAACUAUCCGUGCUGAGUUCUGAAGAUGACUCGAGUAGGUGGGAAACACAAGUGAAGCAGGAGCCCGGUAGAGUUGAUAUCAGCUUUCCGAGCAGCAUCGUCAAAAGAGACAGCAUACGCAAGCGGUCCGUCCGAGACCUGGAACCCGGGGAGGUGCCUUCAGAUUCGGAUGACGACAGUGAAAACAAGCCCCAUUCCCCGAAAGCCUCGUCCUUGUUAGAGAGUUCCAGGUUGUCUUUUUUAUUAAGGGACAGAGAAGAGAAGUUACGUGAAAGAGAGGAAAGACUGUCAAGUUCCUUAGAAAGAAACAAAUUUUACUCUUUUGCGUUGGACAAGACAAUCACACCAGACACAAAGGCCUUGCUGGAAAGAGCUAAAUCUCUCUCUUCGUCCAGAGAAGAAAAUUGGUCCUUUCUAGAUUGGGAUUCAAGAUUUGCUAGUUUUAGAAACAAUAAAGACAAAGAGAAGGUCGACUCAGCUCCGAGACCUAUUCCAUCUUGGUAUAUGAAAAAGAAAAAAAUCAGGACCGAUUCAGAAGGUGGAAAACUGGAUGAUAAGAAAGAAGAUCAUAAAGAGGAGGAGCAAGAGAGACAGGAACUGUUCGCUUCUCGGUUUUUGCAUAGUUCAAUCUUUGAACAGGACUCCAAGCGCCUGCAGCAUUUAGAGAGAAAAGACGACGAUCUCGACUUCAUUUCUGGUAGAUUGUAUGGGAGACAGUCUUCCUCCGAUGGGACUAACAGUGCAGCUGAUUUGGUGCAAGAACCGGUGGUUCUCUUCCACAGUAGAUUUGUUGAACUAACGCGAAUGCAGCAGAAAGAAAAGGAGAAAGAUCAGAAACCAAAGGAAGUGGAAAAACAGGAAGAUAAAGAAAACCGGCCGAAAACGCCAGAAACGGUUCCUGAUAGUAAAGAACCAGAACAUAAAACUUCCUCAGUGGUUGGUCCCUCUUCGGUCGCUGUCCUACCACAGGAACCAGCACCAGCUGCUCCUGAGAAGGUAGCAAACGAAAAGGUAGUGGUGGAAACAGCUUCUGUAAAAGAAGAAAAACCGUCUGAACCUGCUUCUACAGCAGAGGAACAAAAACCUUUUCCUGAACUUGCUGCUCCUGUCAAAAUUGAACCACCCGAGCAAACCGAGCCCCCGCCGGUCGUAGAAGCUAGUAAAGAAGUUGUUGCUACAACCCUGGCACCAGAGGAAGACGCUGUGGCAACAGAGCAUCCUUCAUACUUGGAUACCAAGCCUCCUACUCCCGGAGCUUCUUUAGACAUCAGUGUAGAUCCAGAACCUGAAGCUGCCCAGUUGAUUCCACCCCCGCCCAAGCUAGUUCAGAAGUCCGAUGAGACUGCCGAACCUAAAGAAGAAAAUCCUCCGCCUUCUGCCAACGCUGAUGCUAGUGCGAGUCAAAAGGUAGAGGCGGCUGCUGAGGUCCUGCCGCCUGUUUCUGACAAUGAUAUGGAAGUCGAACCUCCGGUUGUUGUAAAAGAUAAAAAGUCCUACAAGAGUAAACGCUCCAAGACUCCUGUGCAAUCGGCUGCAGCUAACAUCACGGAAAAGCCCGUCACGAGGAAGAGCGAAAGAAUUGACCGUGAAAAACUCAAAAGGUCGAGCUCUCCUCGUGGGGAGACGCAGAAGCUUUCUGAAUUGAAAGUGGAGGCCGAGAAGGUUUCGAGGAAUGCUGCUAAAUCCCCUAGUUCUGCUGCAGAGCCGGAAAACGUGGAGCCAAGCUUGCCAAUAGGCCGGACUAGGCGCAGAAACGUAAGGUCAGUCUACGCUACCACAGGGGACAAUGAAGGCCCAUCUCCGGUGAAGGACUCCGUGGAGGUCACUAGAUCCACCAGGAAGAGAGGGGAAAAGGAACCUCAGGAAACAGUGACAACUGUUCCUACGACCCCGAGGAGGGGAAGACCUCCGAAAACCCGUCGUAAGCCAGAGGAGGACAUCUCUCCAAUAAAGACAGAGCCGGUACAGCAAGAGGCGGAGGAGGCUGAAACUAAAGAUGCUGUGGAAGCUCCUAAGCCUGCAGAAGGUUGGAGGUCUCCUAGAUCCCAGAAGCUAACACACAGUCACUCAUCAGCUGCUACCAGCCAACAGGGGAAGAAAGGGAAGAAUGAACCGAAAGCCGAUACCUCGGCUGAAUCUGAAGAUGCUGCUGAAAGAAGCAGUCAGGAAUCGAGUGUCGGUGACAACAGCAAUAAAGCAAAAGCCACUGAGAAAGAGCCGGCGGCGAGCGAGCAGAAACGUGAUAGGAAAGAAUUGGAUGCGGAGAAGAACCAGCUAGAAAUCCCCACGGUUGAGAUCAUUGAGAAGAAGCCGGUGCCGGAAAAGGUUACGAAAUCCAAAAGGGGAAGGUAUAAGAAUACCAAAACUGUCGUAGAUAAAGCAUCCGUCUGUCUCAAAAAUGUAGAAAUACGCCUCAAUGUGGACGAAGUCAAGGGUGCCUUGCGGCCGACUGAAGAGGAAGUAGAGCCGGUGGCGGUGUCGCCGGCCAAAAUGAAGAGCCCCCCAAAAGAGGACAUCUUGCCACCCCAUUUUGCUAAGAAUGAGGUAGAAGAUUCAUUCCCAGAAACAGAAAAGGAGGUGAUGCGGGAACCAAAGCAGUCCCCUGAAGCUGCCCAGUUAGCAAAACAGAUUGAACUCGAGCAGGCCGUGGAGAAUAUUGCAAAACUCACCGAAACUCCUCCGUCAAUUGCUGCCUACAAAGAGCCGACGGCAGAUGUGCCUGAAGUUCGUCAGGAGGAGGAAGGAGAUAAACCCGCGCAUCAGGCUAGUGAGACAGAGCUGGCAGCAGCCAUUGGCUCCAUCAUCAAUGAUAUUUCUGGAGAGACGGAAAGCUUUCCUGCACCCCCGACGUAUCCCGCUGAAUCGGAAGCUGAAAUCCCCGCAGAGCCCUUGGUGUUACCGUCACCUCGGGAGGAGAUGGAGCCUGAGACUGAUCAAGCAGUGAAUAAUAUCCUAGAAACUGAGGCUGCCGUCGAGCCCGCGGUGCAGCCGGUUCCCAGCUCUGCCCCAUCGGUGGUAGAAGCGGAGAGCAAGGAGGCUGAAGUCAGCUUCAGCGAAUCUUCCAACUCUGCACAGGAGGCCGAGACCUUGCAGGAAGCUGAAGUUGCUCGGAAGGAAAAGGGCCGUCAGAAAACCACGCGGCAGAGGCGCAAAAGGAGCACGGGCAGAAAGGGUGAUGCCGUUGAAGUCAACGCCUUCGAGCCAGAGAGGGUGCAGAGCAAGUCGCCCCCCGCCAGCGAAGUAAAGACAAAACCCGAAGAAGCUUUGAAGGAGGAAAAGCAAACUAAAACCACGGCUCAGGUGUCCAUGGAGCCAAGCGCUUCCGAUGUCAGCAAGGCUGCGGCUGCUGACGUUGUGGCCGCGCAUGAAGCUGUCGCGGAGAGCAGCACC